UUUGAAGAGCCUGAGCGGAAGCAGCGUGCGUGCUUGUUGCGGUGACUCCGGUGAGUUUCGUCCCGCAGCUGCAGCGCGAUGCGGGGCAGAUGCUGCUGACCGGAGGCGGAGGAGGCCGACACACCGACACCGACACCGACACCGUUGAUAAAUGUGUGCGUGAUCAGCAGCUUCACUCUGAGGAGCCUAAUAUCUGCUGCGACCUUUGACCCCGGCACCUUUGAGCCGUGUGCUGGCUGAACCCGUCUGUGUUUACUGCAGAGCGAGCGGCUGACAGUCAUUCGGGCGGAGAGACGGCGGCAGACAUGUCUGUCUCUACACAGCUGGGUCUGUUGCUGUGGAAGAACUUCACCUACAGACGACGACAGACGCUUCAGCUCCUGGUGGAAAUCGUCUGGCCGCUCUUCAUCUUCUUCAUCCUCAUCGCCGUGCGGCUGAACUACCCUCCGUACGAGCAGCAUGAGUGUCAUUUUCCCAACAAGGCGAUGCCGUCGGCCGGCACGCUGCCCUGGCUUCAGGGAAUCCUCUGCAACGCCAACAACCCCUGCUUCAGACACCCGACGCCGGGCGAGUCUCCGGGCGUCGUCGGCAACUUCAACGACUCCAUAAUUUCUCGUCUGUUUUCGGACGCGAAGAAGAUUCUUCUGUACAGCCAGAACGAUAAAAACCUGGAUGGCUUCAAGGAGCUGGCUCAGGCUCUGCGGGCGCUGCAGGAAAGCCGAUCAGGCUUUAAGCUGAAGCACUUCCUGCGGGACAACGAGACUCUGUCGAGCUUUCUGCUGAGGAACGCCUCCUUCUCCGAACACGGCGUCCAGCAGGUCAGAGACGCCGACGUCCACCUGGAGAAGGUCCUCCUGAAAGGUUUCGGGGUCCACCUGAGGGACAUGUGUCCCAGGAAGGGGGGCGAGCGGAGCGUGGAGGACUUUGUGACGAUCUCGGACCGUCAGGUGUCGAUGCUGGUCCAGGAAGUGAUCUGUCAGGCCCCGCCCGCCUGGCUGAACCACGCUGAGGAGCACUUCCUGAACAACCUGGACUUCCUCAAACCCAUCCGGAGGGACGUGAGGUCCGACCCCCAGGCCGUCAAACAGGUUGCCAAGGCGACCAACAGCCUCCUGGACAGUCUGGGUUCACUGGCAGUCGAGUUGGCCAGUAUGAAGAGCUGGAUCGACCUGAGGAACGAGAUCAUCUUCCUGAUGCAGAACGCCACGUCGUCGCCCAGCACCAUGUACAAGGCGGUCUCCCGGAUCGUGUGCGGUCACCCUGAAGGCGGCGGCCUGCAGAUCAAAUCCCUCAACUGGUACGAGGACAGCAACUACAAGGCUCUGUUCGGAAACCACAACAGCAGCGAGGACGAGUCCUCGUCGCUCUACGACAACUCCUCCACUCCGUACUGUAACAGUCUGGUGAAGAACAUGGACUCUAACCCGAUGUCCAGGAUGAUCUGGCAGGCUCUGAAGCCUCUGCUGAUGGGGAAGAUCCUGUACACGCCCCACACCCCCGCCACCCAGAGGGUCAUCCACGAGGUGAACCGGACCUUCCAGGAGCUCGGUGUGUUCAAGGACCUGGGCGGGAUGUGGGAGGAGAUGAGACCCAAAGUCUGGGACUUCAUGGAGAACAGCGAGCAGAUGGACGUGAUCAGGACUCUGCUGAAGAACAACGUCACUGCCAGCUUCUUCCACGCUCAGCUGGCCGACACCGACUGGACCGUGGCCGACGUCUCCAACUUCCUGUCCAAGCAGGCGCAGGACCCCCGCUCGACGGGCAGCACCAUCACCUGGAGGGACGUGUUCAACGAGACCGACCAGGCCAUCAUGAGUAUCUCCCGCUUCAUGGAGUGCGUGAACCUGGACAAACUGGAGCCGGUCUCCAGUGAGGAGCUACUGGUCAACCAGUCCAUGCUGCUGCUGGAGGACAGGAAGUUCUGGGCGGGGAUCGUCUUCCCGGACGUCGACCCCAACGCCACCGAGCUGCCGGCCAAACUCAACUACAAGAUCCGCAUGGACAUCGACAACGUGGAGCGGACCAAUAAGAUCAAAGACGCGUACUGGGACCCAGGUCCUCGUGCUGACCCGUUUGAGGACAUGCGGUACAUCUGGGGCGGGUUUUCAUACCUGCAGGACGUUAUCGAGCAAGGCAUCAUCAGAGCGAUGACGGGCACCAAGGAGAAGACGGGCGUCUACAUCCAGCAGAUGCCAUAUCCCUGCUACGUGGACGACAUUUUCCUGCGGGUGAUGAGCCGCUCCAUGCCUCUCUUCAUGACUCUGGCCUGGAUGUACUCUGUGGCGAUCAUCCUGAAGAGCGUGGUGUAUGAGAAGGAGGCGAGGCUGAAGGAGACCAUGAGGAUUAUGGGAUUGAAUAACGGCAUCUUGUGGUUCAGCUGGUUCAUCAGCAGCCUGAUUCCUCUGCUGAUCAGCGCCGGACUGCUGGUGCUGCUGCUCAAGAUGGGGAACCUGCUGCCCUACAGCGACCCCGGCGUGGUAUUCCUCUUCCUAGGGUCUUUCGCCGUGGUAACCAUCAUGCAGUGUUUCCUCCUCAGCACGGCGUUCGCCCGCGCUAACCUGGCCGCCGCCUGCGGAGGAAUCAUCUACUUCACCCUCUACCUGCCCUACGUGCUCUGCGUCGCCUGGCAGGACUACAUCGGCUUUGGAGCCAAAGUGUUCGCUAGCCUCCUGUCCCCCGUGGCGUUCGGGUUCGGCUGUGAGUACUUUGCUCUGUUCGAGGAGCAGGGAGUUGGUAUCCAGUGGAAGAACCUGGUGUCGAGUCCUCUGGAGGAGGACGACUUCAGCCUCCGUACCACCAUCAUCAUCAUGUACUUCGACUCCUUCCUGUACGGAGUCCUCACCUGGUACAUCGAGGCCGUGUUUCCAGGUCAGUACGGGAUCCCUCGACCCUGGUACUUCCCCUUCACCAAGUCCUACUGGUUCGGAGAGAAAGACGGUUCCAACAAAGUCCCUCUGAACCGGAAAGGAAACCCAGAAGCCGUGUGUAUAGAAGAGGAGCCGGCUCACCUGGAGCCCGGCGUCUACAUCGAGAACCUGGUGAAGGUUUAUCGUCACGGGAAGAAACUGGCGGUGGACGGACUGACACUCGGCUUCUACGAGGGACAAAUCACCUCCUUCCUGGGACACAACGGAGCCGGAAAAACCACCACCAUGUCCAUCCUGACCGGUCUGUUCCCUCCGACCUCUGGUACCGCCUACAUCCUGGGCAGAGACAUCCGGACUGAGCUGAGCACCAUCAGACAGAGUCUGGGAGUCUGUCCACAACACAACGUCCUCUUCAGCAUGCUGACGGUGGAGGAGCACAUCUGGUUCUACGGCCGGCUCAAAGGCCUGUCAGAGCAGCAGGUGAAAGGUGAGAUCGAACAGAUCCUGCAGGACACCGGGCUGCCGCACAAACGCACCUCCAGGACCAGCGCGCUGUCCGGCGGCAUGCAGAGGAAACUGUCUGUGGCUCUGGCCUUCGUCGGGGGGUCGAAGGUCGUGAUCCUGGACGAGCCCACGGCCGGCGUCGACCCCUACGCCCGCAGAGGGAUCUGGGAUCUGCUGCUGAAGUACAGACAGGGUCGGACCAUCAUCCUGUCCACACACCACAUGGACGAGGCGGACAUCCUGGGAGACCGGAUCGCCAUCAUCUCCCACGGGAAGCUGUGCUGCGUGGGCUCGUCUCUGUACCUGAAGAACCAGCUGGGGACGGGUUACUACCUGACGCUGGUGAAGAAAGAACCGGAGGCGUCGCUCGGCUCCUGCAGGAACUCGUCCAGCACCGUCUCCCUCACCAAGAAGGUCUCGGCACACGAGGAGGAGGAGUGCGCCUCGGUCAGCAGCAGUGACGCAGGACUCGGCAGCGAACAUGAAAGUGAGGCUGCUACCAUCGAGAACGGCCCCGCGGCGUCCAUCUGUGACGUCCCCUUCAUCCCCCCCGACGUGUCCCUGGUCUCGGGUCUGAUCCUGUGUCACGUCCCCGCCGCCCGCCUGGUGGAGGACCUCGGACACGAGCUGACCUACAUCCUGCCGUACAGCGGCGCCAAGGACGGAGCCUUCGUGAAGCUCUUCAAAGACCUGGACCACAAGCUGGCCGACCUCGGCAUCUCCAGCUACGGAGUGUCUGACACCACGCUGGAGGAGAUUUUCCUGAAAGUGGCUGAAGAUAACGGAGUCGACACCGAAGUGCCUUCAGAUGGUACACUUCCUGUUCGGAGGCGGAGGAGGACUCACGCCUUCGGUGGAGGAGACCAUCAGAGCUGUCUGAGACCUUUAACAGAGGACGACAACAACGACUGCAACGAGUCUGACGGAGACCCGGAGUGCAGGGAGACGGACUGGCUGAACUGUACCGAGGGUAAAGGCUCGUAUCAGAUGAAGGGCUGGACUCUGAAGAGGCAGCAGUUUGUGGCUCUGAUGUGGAAACGGUUUCUGUACGCUCGACGCUCCAGGAAGGGCUUCUUCGCUCAGAUUGUUCUUCCUGCUGUGUUUGUGUGUAUCGCUCUGGUCUUCAGUCUCAUCGUCCCCCCGUUUGGAAAAUAUCCCAGUCUGGAGCUGCAGCCGUGGAUGUACGAGGACCAGGUCACCUUCAUCAGUGACGACGCUCCUGGAGACGCCAACAUGCAGAAGUUAUUAAACGCUCUGCUGGACGCUCCGGGCUUCGGGACUCGCUGCAUGGACGGACAUCCCAUCCCAGAGGCUCCCUGUACGAUGGGCGACGAGGACUGGCAGACUCCUGACGUCCCGGAAAGCGUCCAGCAGCUGUUCAGCUCCACUAACUGGACCAUGGAGGAUCCGUCUCCGGCGUGUUUCUGCAGCUGCGACGGCAAGAAGAAGAUGCUGCCGGACUGUCCUGCUGGGGCCGGAGGACUGCCCCCCCCUGAGAUGAAGCUGAGCGCCACCGACACCCUGCAGAACCUGACGGGAAGAAACAUCUCCGACUACCUGGUGAAAACCUACGCUCAGAUCAUCGGCAAGAGUCUGAAGAACAAAGUCUGGGUGAAUGAAUUCAGGUACGGAGGCUUCUCGCUGGGCGCCAGGAGCACUCAGGUCCUCCCACCGGCCAACGAGAUCGAUGACGCCAUCGAACGAGUCAGAAAGAUCUUUGAGCUACAGAAGGGAGCCGCUGCGGAUCGAUUCCUCGACAGUUUGUCGGGUUUCAUCAACGGCUUGGACACAAAGAACAACGUCAAGAUCUGGUUCAAUAACAAAGGCUGGCACAGUAUCGGAUCCUUCAUCAACGUGAUGAACAACGGCAUCCUGAGAGCAAACCUGCCUGAAGGCAGAGACGCCAGCAAGUACGGCAUCAGUGCUUUCAACCAUCCUCUGAACCUGACCAAGGAGCAGCUGUCUCAGGUCGCACUGGUAACAACCUCAGUGGACGUCCUGGUGUCCAUCUGCGUGAUCUUCGCCAUGUCCUUCGUCCCGGCCAGCUUCGUGGUCUUCCUCAUCCAGGAGCGAGUCAGUAAAGCCAAACACAUGCAGUUCAUCAGCGGAGUGCAGCCGCUGCUGUACUGGUUGGCCAACUUCAUCUGGGACAUGUGUAACUACAUCGUCCCGGCAACGCUGGUCAUCCUCAUCUUCAUCUGUUUCCAACAAAAAGCCUACGUGUCCUCCACCAACCUGCCGGUCCUCGCCCUGCUGCUGCUGCUCUACGGAUGGUCGAUCACUCCUCUGAUGUACCCGGCCUCCUUCUUCUUUAAGAUCCCCAGCACGGCGUACGUCGUCCUCACCAGCGUCAACAUCCUCAUCGGCAUCAACGGCAGCAUCUCCACCUUCGUCAUGGAGCUGUUCGGAAACAACGAGAUCGGAGGAAUCAACGACAUCCUGAAGAACGUGCUCCUCAUCUUCCCUCACUUCUGUCUCGGGCGAGGACUCAUCGACAUGGUGAAGAACCAGGCGAUGGCCGACGCGCUCGAGAGAUUUGGUGAGAACAAGUUCCGCUCCCCUCUGGAGUGGGACAUGGUGGGGAAGAACCUGUUUGCAAUGGCUGUGGAGGGAGUGGUCUUCUUCAUCAUCACCGUCCUCAUCCAGUACAGGUUCUUCAUCAAACCCAGGUCCGUCAGUAAACUCACCAAACUGGGAGCUCUGGGCGAGGAGGACGAGGACGUGGCCCGAGAGAGACAGAGGAUCGUCCACGGCCUCGGACACGGAGACAUCCUGGAGCUCCGACAGCUCACCAAGGUGUUUAAGAGGAAGCAGAAGCCGGCGGUGGAUCGACUGUGCGUCGGGAUCCCACCUGGAGAGUGUUUCGGACUGCUGGGGGUGAACGGAGCCGGAAAGACGACCACCUUUAAGAUGCUGACGGGUGACACGCUGGUGACCAGCGGAGAGGCCUUCCUGGCUGGGAAGAGCAUCCUGAGGGAGAUCGAUGAGGUCCAUCAGAAGAUGGGUUACUGUCCUCAGUUUGACUCCAUCAAUGAGCUGCUGACAGGAAGAGAACAUCUGGAGCUGUACGCCAUCCUCAGAGGAGUGCCCGAGAAGGAAGUCUGCGACGUGGCGGAGUGGGGUAUCAGGAAGUUGGGUCUGGUGAAGUACGCUGAUAAAGCAGCAGGAAGCUACAGCGGAGGAAACAUGAGGAAACUGUCCACAGCCAUGGCUCUGAUUGGUGCUCCACCUGUCGUCUUCCUGGACGAGCCCACGACCGGCAUGGACCCCAAGGCUCGCCGGGCGCUCUGGAACUGCAUCCACAGCAUCAUCAAGGAGGGACGCUCCGUUGUCCUCACCUCACACAGUAUGGAGGAGUGUGAGGCUCUGUGCACCAGGAUGGCCAUCAUGGUGAACGGCAGGUUCAGAUGUCUCGGCAGCGUCCAACACCUGAAGAACAGGUUUGGUGACGGGUACACCAUCAUCCUGCGGGUGGCGGGGCCCGCCCCCGACCUGCCGCCCGUCAUGAAGUUCAUCGAGAGCGAGCUGAGCGGCAGCACGCUGAAGGAGAAGCACAGGAACAUGCUGCAGUACCAGCUGCCGUCGUCUCUCACUUCCCUCACUCACAUCUUCUCCAUCCUGGCCAAAAAUAAAGAGACGCUGAGGAUCGAAGACUACUCCGUCACUCAGACCACUCUGGACCAGGUGUUUGUGAACUUCGCGAAGGACCAGAGCGACGACUAUCACUCCAAAGACAACUCGGUGAGACGGAAAGACGUCGCCGUCGACGUUUCCACGUUGAGCUCGAGCCGAGGAGCUGCCGAGGGGGGGGGCGCGCUGAGGGAGAGCGUCAUGUGAUCGUGUUCGGGAGGCUGGAGCUUCAGCCUGGACUCGACCCCGCGCAGACAGGAAGCCCCCUCCCCACCUGUUAUGAUGUCAUACUGAACUGGGCGGAGUCACCUGCAAGUGAUUUCCCGCGGAGGCGCCGAGCCGCCCGCCGACUAGAGUGUUAAAGAAACUUGAAUAACUGCCUUCAGACUUCCUGCUGAGGUUUUAUCUUCUGUGAUCGAAGCGACUCCUCCGACGAACGCUUCGGGGUCGGUUUGUUAUUCUGAACCAACGAUGAAGAAUCCGAAUCAUUUCAAACGGCCGAGGGCUCGACUGCAAACGUCCGAUUUAAAAAAACAAAAAAACGUUUGAUUCCGUUUUUAUUGUCAGAUUUUUAUUUAUAUGUGUAGCUGAAACAGAGCGUAAUUUGUUGUCUUAUCUUCGCAGAGUCCAAGGUGGCAUUAUUGUUUCCUGUAGUGUUUAACAGCCAAUCAGAGUGCUCGAUGCAAAGUGCUGCACAAAGAAGACAAACAGUUGAUUCAUUUUAUAGUUGUUUUUUUUAUGAAAAGAUGAUAAAAAGAGCAGAUUUGUUUUGUGUUUGGGUGUAAAGCAGUGAAAUACCUCAUCGGCUCCUGAAAGCACACUACAGUAUUGAACAGUUUCCCUGGAAGCAGCUGAUCGAUCGAUUGAUCGAUGGGUUCUCCUUCUCAUGCUGUGAUUCUGUGUGUGAGCAGCAGGAGGCGACAGCAGCUGAUCAGACUGAAGGAGCUUCAGCACUUUAUGUGUUUGUCUUUGCACUGAAACCUGAUUUAUUCUCUGAUCAUCAAACGUUGUUGAAUGUGACAGAAAAGGCUGAUGGGACGAACUGUUACUGAACAACACAAUAAAAUGAAACAUCUCUGCUGA